UGUGUUCACUCACAGGAUGAGGAGUACUGCCCAGUACUCUCCUUGUGAUGGUAUUAAUAUGUUGACUUACAAAACGAGAGGCACCGACUGAACUAAACUUAAAUUUCAUGCUCAAUCGAAUUAGCUGGAAAUCCGGAGAUUGUGUGAGAGAAUUGGUUCAUCUUUCUGAUAUAAAAUUGUGUAAUGUUUUAUUUUGAUCCCAGAGUGUGAAAUAGUGUGAGUUGCGGUCAUCAUUGUGUCGUGGUGGUAAAUUGCCAGCGACUGUUAGUGUCGAUUUCCCCGGCGCUGUUGCGUAAUAAUUGUCAACAGAAAACCGGAAAGACUAUGUUGCUCCGUGGUUAUAUUGUGUGUGGGUGUGUGUAUUUAAUCAAAUAUACUUCCCUCAGGCAGUAUACUUGGACUGUGUAAGUAUAUUCGUGUAUACUACAACGGCUGUGUAGUCCUCGGGAUAGUGUGUUGCGGAUAUGUUUCGCCCCGAGGGCCAAGGGGCUAUCUAGUGUUGAUGAUGGUGUGUGUUGAGAGGGCCGGUGAGGGAGUGUGGACCACAGUGCCUGGUGCCAUAGUGACCUGGCCCGCUGCUCGUGGCUGGUGACCCGUGCUGGUGACCUGGCCAUGGCCAGCACCACACGGUAACUUGACCGGGAGGCCAAGGGCGCAUCCAAGAUGUCGCUGCUGGAGGCCAUGAAGGCAUGGACGCUGGGGCCAUGGGCGAGACGGAGGGACAAAAAGCGUGUGAGUGUGGCACUGUGGGGGGGCCGCCCCGCCGAGUCCGACUCUCACCUCUUGGGCACUCCGGGCAUAUACCGCAGGAGGCUCUCGUCUCCUGGCGAUGCCCACAUCGACACACUCUUCCCUUCCACCGUGCCCACUCAUACCCACAUGCUGGAUGGGUACCCAACGACUCACCAACUGGGCAUCGCCACACUGGACGAUUCUUCGCCUCCGAAAGACGACGACCUCAAUGGCAACAUCGACUGUGAAUACUUCGAUGUUCGUUCUGACGGGGAGGUGUUGGAGCCUGGUCGCUGCCCGGGGUAUGCUAGCGACUCGGAAAAGGACGAACUCAACACAGACAGACUAUCCUUAGCUUGGGUACCAACUACGGACCUGAAAGCAAGACUAUCUUUUUCUGAAGGUGUCAAGUGCCCCGAGCCGCAGGAACCAGUCGAUGGGGCACUGGUGACCCUGGAAGUGCCAGUAUUCGAGGCACUUGAUGCUUCCAGGGUGCCAAACCACUCGUUGUUAGAGACAUGUGAAGUAUCUGAAGCCCCGAGAGUGCCAUGUCGUGGCUCCCUGGCGCCCCGCGAGGUGCCACAGGUGGAUGAAGCGACAGACAGCAGUAGGGUAGCCGGCCAGGGGGCGUGGGCAUCGUGCAGGGGCAGCCAGGGCAUGACCUUCGGGGAAGCCCUGUGGGCUGAGGUCACGGCAGAGCUGAAGGAUGUUUGGGACGAGAUCGACCUCAUCGACGACUCCCCCACACGCGGCGCUGACUCCCGCCUCUACAACCACCCAGCCCUGAAGCUUGCGUCCUGCGUCUAUGACUCCUCCAAGCAGAACACUGCGUCCUGCGUCUAUGACUCCUCCAAGCAGAACACUGCGUCCUGCGUCUAUGACUCCUCCAAGCAGAACACUGCUUCUUGCGUCUAUGACUCCUCCAAGCAGAACACUGCGUCCUGCGUCUAUGACUCCUCCAAGCAGAACACUGCUUCUUGCGUCUAUGACUCCUCCAAGCAGAACACUGCGUCCUGCAUCUAUGACUCCUCCAACCAGAACACUGCGUCCCGCGACUCGCCAACGCAAAUUAUUGCGUCCUGCAUCUACGACUCCCAGAGCAUUGCAUCAUACGUCUACGACUCUGCCACCAAGAGCGUUGCGUCCCUCGUCGACGACUCUGAGGCUCCUGGGAGGGUUGCGUCGCGCCACACCCAUGCAGAACCUGGGAAGGAGAAGAGUGAGGGCGCGAAUGGUAAUGUUGGUAGUGGUGAUGGGUCACCAGAGCACCAUCCAGCCUUUAGCCCCUUAGCCUGCGGUGCAGCCACUACCACCACCACAGUUCCCCCUCUCACUAGCCAGCCGCUCCCCCCACCCGAGUCCCAGCCGCCGGACUAUCACAGUCACCACCACAUCAUCUCAUCGGAGCGGCCGGAGCGGCCCACCUCACUCAUGGCACCGGGUGGUAAGUGGCAGAUACGGGGCCAACAUGGCCCUGCCUCCCCUGACUCGACUGACGCCGUCUUUGUGACCGCUACUAACACCACCUGUGCUGCCACCACCACCACCACUACCACCAUGUGUGGGGGCCGCCAUGCCCGCUGGCUCCUGUGCGUGCCCUCAAGCUCUGUGCCAGGGGACCAGUACCAGCCCUCCAAUGCUCCCCUCCCUCAACAGUCCCGACCUGUAACCUCCCCAAGUUCGCAGCAGCCCCCCUCGCUCAGCUCUGUGGUUGGUCUUCCCUCAGUCACUACUACACGCACCCUUCAGUCGCCUUCUUCACAUUGCAACCUUGCGGGUUGCUUUUUACGGCCAGCCCUUCACCCUGCCACCUCCACCCCGGCGCAGCAGCCAUCACCUUAUGCUCCCCCAAGUCCCCAUCCUCCUCCCGGACUACCGUCACCCCAAUCAUACUCCUCCAAUCAGUCUCAACCUCAGACUUGCGGGGGGCUGACCGUGACCUACGCUCCCACCCCGUUUGUGCAGGCUAGUCAGCUGACCACUUCAUCGGGUCAUGUCGCUCCCACACACUCUGGUGGUGCCAGUGUCUUCCCCUCAGCUUAUCUCCCCACCAACACCACCACCACGUACUCUUUCCCCUCUGUGUAUGCGGCGAGCGGCGCAGGCGGCAGUGGAGCGGCCGUGCGGCCCACCUUCUCGCGGACCUCCCUGUCUGUUUCUGAUGGCGGUAUGGGUGGAGUACAAGUGCUGCCUACUGAAAUACCUAGUGGUCUACACCCAGUACACCAGCGGGACACCCACACGUAUUAUGGUGGGGGUCAGAGCUCUGCCGAUGAAUACAACCAAAACGACCCUCAUUAUAUGGGUCACCAUCAUGUUGCUCAUCUUCCGGAGCCUCCAAUACCUGUAUCAGAGAUUGGACCCAUCCCUCCACCCCCAAUGUUUUCCUCUCCGUCUCCAGUGGUACAUCCGAGAAGUCACCCGCCCCCACCUUACCACCCUCCAACCUCGGCAGCAGGAGCAGGGGUUCAAAAUGCCGUGGGCCACAAUCUUUCCAAUUCUGACUAUGGUGUAAUUAAGGAUGACGAUGUGAUUGACGGUACAGCUAAUGGCAUCCUCGGCUGGUUUGAGGCCAGAAUGGCGGAAUUUGCUAACGCUGAUGAUGAUGUUGAAGACGACGACGAAGGGACAGACGUUGACGGUGUGGUCUAUUUCAAUAGUAGUCUUGGUCACUUUGACACGUCUCAAGUUGAGGAAGUGCCUGCGAGAGAACCCAGGCUAGAUGCAAAGCCUCUUAAGUCUGCUCUUAAGAAAAAGAAUCCCUCAGGAACUGCAAAUGGGUCAGCAGGGACUCCGCCUGCGGGCACACCCACGGACGGCAGCAAACCUCUGUCUGUGCGACAAGAUGCCAACAGGCGCCUACCGCUUCGACCCAGUGUUAGGAUUAGGUUCAGCACGAAGCCCAUCCGGUUUUCCUAUAGUAGAGGGGAUGGGGACAAGUCCUCGGGAGAGAAUAAGGAGAACAGCGUUCCGUUCAGCUACCUUCCUCCCAACACUGUCCUUCCCAACUCUUUACAAGAGUCGCGGGUUGAUGACGACGAUGAAGAUGGCCCCAUUCUCUACCGUGAUGAUGAUGAUGAGGAUGAUGAUCGUUUAGCUACUAAAGUUGCGAGAAGAGACAGCCUCGCUCAAAAACUAAAGUGCCGACCGAACAAACAAGACCUCAUUGAUCGAAACAUCAUUCCUGUACAGUCUGAGAAUGAUAGAAAGGAGUUUAGAGAAGCUAUUGGAGCCAAGCUCACAAGACGUUUGAGUUUGCGACCCACGGCUGAAGAAUUAGAAGAAAGAAAUAUACUUAAAAGAACUACUCCUGAGGAAGCAAGAAAGCAGAAGGAAGAAAAAAGAAAAACCCUAUUACGGAAGCUAUCCUUUAGACCGACACUUGAAGAGCUUCGGGAACGGAAAAUCAUACGCUUCAAUGACUAUAUAGAGGUGACUCAGGCGCACGAGUAUGACCGUCGUGCUGACAAGCCAUGGACGCGUCUAACUCCGCGGGAUAAAGCGGCCAUUAGGAAAGAACUCAAUGACUUCAAGAGUAUGGAGAUGGAGGUUCAUGAAGAAUCCAAGCAUCUCACUCGAUUCCACCGGCCUUGAUUGGGGGUCCGUCGUAGUCGAACGAGUCCAACACUCCAUGUGAAGAAGUAACCCAGGCAACGUGAGACUACUGUCUUGACCAUUCAUUAUUCUUGCUGCUGUCUAUUUCUUGUUGCAUCAUUGCUCCCUCCAAGUGUUGCUGGAUAUUCUAUCUAUCUAUCUAUCUCUCCCACAAGAGUAUUUUAGUCAGAAACACUACGCGGUCUUUAGUCACGCUAGAGACUCGACUUUUGCAAUGUUAUUGUAUUUAUAAAGGAUAUUUUAUCCACCUUGUAUAAUGCGACGCUCGUCUGCAUUCAGUCUUGUACGGCGAGAAAUAACGACUGCCCGAGUGUUUUAGUCACUGUACAGUACUGCACGUGCAAGUCAUCAGCGGCUCGAUUUGCCAGACAUUUACAUGGUUGCUAGUUUUUUUUAUGCUCCUUCCAAUUCAUCUUGUACCAAUUGGAGCAUAUAUAUAUAUAUAUAUAUACAUACAUACAUACAGUACACACAUAUAUAUAUAUAUAUACUUACAUACUAUAGUUUGUUUUAUUGGUCACUGUGUAUAUGUAUGCCAUACAUAUUGAUUAUAGUGAGGUUUGUUCAGUGGUUUCUUGGUUGUUUGGACAAUAACAAUUAAGUCAUUUGUGCUACAGAAUUAGGACAUUUUGAUCACCCAUGUUUUUAUAAGAAAUUGUUUUAGUGUGUUGAACACAAAGCCGAGAACUCUGAUGAAUGAGGUAUGCUGUUAAACGUUCUCAGAAAAUUCAAUAACUGAGAUUCCACUGUGUACACACAAGUGUGCACACAUCUGGUGGUGUACACAGGUGUAUAUAUAUGUCAUGUAAUGUACACACACAGAAGGUGUGCACACAGAAGUGGCUUACACAGGUGUGUAUGUGUAUACAUUUUGUAAUGUAUACACAGAAGGCAUGCACAUGCAUCUGGUAGUGUACACAGGUCUAUAUAUGUCAUGUAAUGUAUACACAGAAGGCAUGCACAUGCAUCUGGUAGUGUACACAGGUGUAUAUAUGUCGUGUAAUGUACACACAGAAGGUGCACACGUCUGUGGUGAAGACAGGUGUGUGUAUGUAUACAUGUCAUAAUGUACACAGAGAAGGUGUGCACUCAUCUCAUAGUGUACACUAACGUGCGUUGUUGAAGCCCACGUGUUGCUGUGAUACUGAUGCUCUGAGUGAUAUUACGUGUUAGUCCUUGGGCCAGCAUCUGUCAUUCAUUGGUGAUGGGCUGACCACACCGGCAUCUGUGCCAAGGGGGUGCCAAGGGGCUGCCAAUUGGGUGCCAAGAGGGCACCAAAGGAUGGCACCAAGGGGGAGGGGAGGGGGGUCACCAUGGAUCUGCAUGGCUUCACUCGCCUACACAGACUCAAUUUUUAAGCCAUUCUCACUUCAGUGAAAGUCCAACUUGGGUGGAAACCUCUUUCUUAAAAUUAUUUUAAGUGAAGUAUUAGAGAAUAAUAGAUUUCUAUUGUUAGGAUAAAGUCAAAUGUGAAAAUAUUUCAGCUAUUCUACUUACUAUUUUUGUAAAAUUCUUAUGUUCUUUUCCUAUUGAUCAUUUGAGUGAAAAAGUUGAUUGUUAGCUUUAUGGCUGGGGGUAAAGUUAUUUAACAAAUUGACCAUCUAGUGUAUAUUGACCUUUUGGUCACAUGUGUAAGAGAAUGAGUUUGUAAGCUUCCUUGCUCUGGUUUAGGUGGCAACUUGUUGUGAUAACCAACGACUGUAGCAAUCAAUAGUUUCUUAGAGGAUGCAAUUUGUUUAGGGUUUGUGUCCAUGAUUUUUCAAUUCUGAGAACAAGAUCAUUACGUGUCUUUAAUAAUGGUGUUGUUAUUAGUUUGGACAAUCACCUUGUUACCAGUUGUUGUAAGUCUUUUUUAUCCUUUUUAGAAUAUACUUCGUCAGUGUUUUAUACAUAUUUUCAGAGACUUAGAAGCCUACAACAGUGUAGGUUGGGGUCCAAAAGGAUGAAUUUGAACAGUGGUUGGAAUGCAUUCUAUAUCUUUGAAGAAGGGCAGAUAUAUAUAUAUGCAAGACAACUGAAGUUUUUAUAUUUUGAAUAUUAUUUGUAAUUGUUUAUUCCUCACCAUUAAUAUAAAAUUACCAUUGCUCCUAGAAUUUUCAGUGCCCCUCAGUGAUAAGAUUCAUUUGUGUGCUAAUUAGUAUUGAAUAACAGUGACAAAUCUCUCUCAAUGUCUGAGUCCAUCUGUGGAGUGUUGUGUACAAAUGAAUUGCCUUUUUAAUGGGUGCUUGCUAGAUGGGCAAAUCUCUAGCUUAGAACCUCAUAAAAACUUGUCCUAUUUCUGCAAAAAACACCCCUCAAAUGAACACUAAAGCUUUGAGUAUGACUCAAAACAUCCUAUUUCAUUUUAGGGACAUUGUGUUCAGUGUUUCACAGAUUUUCAGCUGCUCCAAUAAUGGAAACAAGAAUAAGUCAUUCUAUUUUUGUUUUUUAUGCUGUACAUUCUGCAUCGUGACUAUAUAACCGGCAUUGGAGAUAAAAAAAAAAAAAAACGCCUAACUCUGUGAUUUUGUUGAUCGAACACAUGAAACUACAGUUUUGAAAUGUGGAAGUGAACAUUACUCUUGUC